GCUUUCUAUAGCUUAAGAAAACCCAUCACACCACAUUACCCCACCUAUAUCUCCAUCAAACUUUAGCAUGGCAUCUCUCAUUCGUGCUGCCUGCCGAUCGGCUGUCCCUCUCUCUCGAAGCACUCUCCCUUCUCAAGCUCUACGAAAGCAAGUUCCAACUUUGACCUCUCAGCUCCGAACUUACGCCACUGCCAAGCCAGCUGCCUCCGAGGUUUCUUCCAUCCUCGAGGAGCGAAUCGGUGGUUCCAGUGCUGCUACUGAUGUUCAAGAAACUGGUCGAGUUUUGACCAUUGGAGAUGGUAUUGCUCGUGUCUACGGUUUACGAAAUGUGCAAGCCGAGGAGAUGGUGGAAUUCUCAUCUGGAGUCCGUGGAAUGUGCUUGAACUUGGAAGCCGACAAUGUCGGUGUCACCAUCUUCGGUAGUGAUCGUCUGAUCAAGGAAGGUGACACUGUCAAGCGAACUGGACAAAUUGUGGAUGUCCCAGUUGGUCCUGAACUUUUGGGCCGUGUCGUCGAUGCCCUCGGUAACCCUAUUGAUGGAAAGGGCCCCAUCGCCUGCAAAGAGCGUCGUCGUGCCUCCCUCAAAGCUCCUGGUGUUUUGCCCCGUCGAUCAGUCAAUCAACCCAUGAUGACCGGUAUCAAGUCCAUCGACGCCAUGGUGCCGAUCGGUCGUGGUCAGCGUGAGCUGAUCAUUGGUGAUCGUCAAACUGGUAAAACCGCUGUUGCUUUGGACACCAUCCUCAACCAGAAGCGAUGGAACGAAGGAACGGACGAGACCCAGAAACUUUACUGUGUCUACGUAGCCGUUGGUCAAAAACGUUCGACUGUUGCUCAAUUGGUUCAAACAUUAGAAGAAAAUGAUGCUUUGAAAUACUCGAUCAUCGUUGCUGCCACUGCUUCUGAGGCCGCCCCACUUCAAUAUUUGGCUCCUUUCUCCGGUUGUGCUAUGGGAGAAUGGUUCCGAGACAACGGCAAACACGCUUUGAUCAUCUACGACGAUUUGUCCAAACAAGCUGUCGCCUACCGUCAAAUGUCCCUUCUUCUUCGUCGACCUCCUGGUCGUGAAGCUUACCCCGGUGACGUCUUCUACCUCCACUCCCGUCUCCUUGAACGUGCUGCUAAGAUGAACGAGAAACUCGGUGGAGGUUCUUUGACCGCCCUCCCCAUCAUCGAAACCCAAGGUGGUGAUGUAUCUGCAUACAUUCCUACCAACGUCAUCUCAAUUACCGACGGUCAAAUUUUCUUGGAGGCUGAACUCUUCUUCAAGGGUGUUCGACCAGCUAUCAACGUCGGUCUGUCCGUCUCCCGUGUCGGAUCUGCUGCGCAGACCAAGAUCAUGAAGAGUGUAUCUGGUUCCUUGAAGCUUUACUUGGCCCAAUAUCGUGAUGUUGCUGCAUUCGCACAAUUCGGUUCCGACUUGGAUGCAUCUACUCGAUACCUCCUCAGUCGUGGUGCUCGUUUGACUGAGCUUUUGAAGCAAGGUCAAUAUCAACCUUUGGCUUUCGAGGUUCAAGUUCCGAUCUUGUACGCCGGUGUCAACGGUAUGCUUGAUAAAGUACCAGUAGAGAAGAUUGUCGCCUGGGAUUUGGCCUUCCGAGACCAUCUUACUACUGAGCAAUCCGCCCUCUUGAAGGAUAUUACCGGAGGUAAAAUGACCCCUGAAAUCGAAGCCAAGAUCAAAUCUGUUGUCAAGAGCUUCACUUCAAACUUCCUUCAGUAAACUUACCACAAUCAAUCUAAAAGGUUACGUUGAGUUAUGAUAUCUUUAGAGCCUUGAUGCUUUUGUUGGUAUCUUGAAAAAAAAGAAAUUGUUAUAAAUAAAGUUGAAUUUUUCGAGCGAUGCUUGAAUUUUGACACCCUCAUAAACAAUUCGCUCCUUCU